GUUUGAACAAUGGAUACAGAACUAUAUAUGGAAAUGUGAGUUUUUUAAAUCUUUUUCAGAUUAAUCUAUUUAAGACUUAUUUAAUAAGUCAUUAACUCAAAUACCAGUUGGCGGAUCUGGUUCAGAUGUUAUAUCCUUAUGCCAAGAGACAUAGGAGUUCUUCCAAAGAAAUAAUUUUCAAGCUUAGUGUAAAGUGUAAAGUCACACAAUUUUUGCUCCAGACAAAUUUACAAAAAUCUCAAGAAGGACGCAAAGUCUGAUCACAUACUUUUGCAGAGACAUUCAUGAACAUAUGGAGAACGCAUAGAGAAACUUUUAAAGAACAAACUUUAGUACCAAAAGAGUUUUUAGCACAAACUUUUCUGGAUAUUUUGAGAAAGUUCAGAACUAAUAGUACAGGCUGAUAAACACUUGGAUUAAUUGGCUUCAGUCAGUAGGCUAAGCUCAUAAGGACAACCUUGCAGUAGACCAGUAAUUGGCUUGAUAUGGCUACUAAUAUUGCUUCAGAGUCUGAUUCUCCAACUGUAAGCCAACUAUUGGGCUCACAAUCACCAACACAAUCAGAACAUGGUGACAUUUCAAUGACCUCUGGCCUCACUACAUCAGUCAAUCUGAUCCAAGAAACACAACUGGAAUCUGAAGAUGAGAGGGAGGGGGAAACUAGCAGUGUUGAUGCUAGUGCCAUACGAACUCUGAGACCACGUGCUAUUAUAUCUAAGACCCCAAAAACCAAAGGGAGACCAAAGAAGUCACUUACAACAAAGAAUGAUGUAACAGCAGUCCUUAAAGCACUAUCCACCAUGCAGUCUAGUAUAGAUACAACAAAUAAGCUGAUGCAGGGCCUACAAACGACUAAUGCGGACUUGGUCAGUCAGCUAGCUAUGAAAACAGCACAAUGUUGCGAACUAGACAAAGAAUGCCGAGAGUUACGCUCACAGCUGUCAAAAACUCAUAGCACUGAGUCUGGAUUACCAAAGACACUGGUUAUCGGAAGCUCAAUUAUUCGAGACUUUGAUACAAAUAAACUGCAUAACACAGAAGUUGAAUGCAUUCGAGGUGGAACAGUGGACGAUGUACAUAAAUCACUGACGGACAAUAAUGCUUCAUAUGACAGGGUCAUUCUCCAAGUAGGUAGCAACGACUGCAGCAAAGAUAACACCCCAGAAGAUAUCGCUAAACAAUACCAGCUGCUUAUCAAAGGAGCCAAAAACAUUGCUAAUGAAGUAGUUGUGUCUAGUAUAUGCCCUCGCACAGAUAAACCAGCAGCCCAAGAAAAGGUUGACACUGUCAAUGCCACACUACAAGGCAUCUGCUCUGAUGAAGAUGCAAGUGUCACUUUCAUAAACAAUGACCUCUCGUUUAAGCUCCAAGACAAUUCCAUUAAUGAUGGGUUUUUACAUGGUGAUGGCCUCCACUUAUCGAAACCAGGAACAAACCGAUUGGCUAUCAAUAUGAAGCUCAAAACGAAAGGC